UCAUUAUUGAAAAGCCAAAAGCCCGAUAGAACGAACAGUCCGCCACGCUCCUAUUUUCACUUGUCGCGUCGCGAUACAUUCGCGCUGCAUUUUCACUGCGACUUUUCUCGAAAAUCGGGAAUUUUCAUGGAAAAGCCCGUCAACAGCGAGGUUUCCGUGUCGAAGAUCGUGGUCAAGAAGGAGAACUUAAACGAUGACAUCAAGGAAUUCGCACAAAAUGCAAUGAAUGAGUUACUGGGUUGGUAUGGAUACGACAAUCCCAAGGAAGAUUUGAGGAUUCCCAGAACGUGCAGGUCACUUUCAGGCAGCAACAGUUCCGGAUUCUCGCCGAAAUCUUCCGAUGGUUGUGGAUGGUGUGGAAAAGCUAUCGACGAAACAAUAGCCUUAUCUUCAGGCUCUACAGUUUUCUGCUCCGAACUCUGUUUCUCCCAAUCCAGGCGAGCAAAUUUCAAGAAAAAUAAAACCUGCGACUGGUGUCGGCACGUCAAACACACCGUAUCGUACGUAGACUUUCAAGAUGGUGCAUCGCAACUUCAAUUUUGCUCCGACAAAUGUCUGAACCAAUACAAAAUGCACCUGUUUUGCAGAGAAACGCGAGCCCACCUGGAGCUCCACCCUCAUCUGCGCAUAGACGAGUCCUCCAGCGGCACCCUCAUCACUCCGGAUUUGUGGCUGAAGAACUGCAAGUCGCCGGAGCUGCGCAGCCCCUCGCCGGACAUAUCGCCCAAGCCGCCGGAGAAGCCGAACUCCCAGAUUUCGCCGCUCAGCUUGGUCUCCUCUCCCCAUCCCAUGAAGAGCGCAGCUCCGGACAGCAAGAGGAAUAGAAUAAAGAACCAGAAGAAAACGAGGAAGAGGAUGCCGGCCACUGUCACGUGCAACAACAGCAACGACGCUGUCAAAAUGGCUUUUCCGGUGGACGACGCGCCGCAGGAUUUGAGAGUGAGGCACACCCCUCCGGAUUUCCAGCCCAGGCUGCCGGAAUUUUACGAUAAAGUUCCCGUUUUCAAGCCCAUAAAGCUGCCCACCGAGCCCAGGGUACCCUCGCCCCGGGCACCUUCGCCCAAACCUGAAAUUGAGACUGAACCUGCACCUACUAAUUCCUCUACAGUUUUGAAGAAAUUAUUCGAAUCUCUACUACCUCCGCCUACCGUCAUAGUACCUUAUCCCAUCAUUCUGCCCAUACCCAUCCCCAUACCGAUUCCGAUUCCGCUGCCCAUAAAGAAGGAGGAGAAACUAAUUGAGUUGGUCAAGAAGGAUGCUGCGAAUCAGACUGAUGUUAACGAAAUCGAAACGGAAAACGAAAACGAUAACGAAAACCACAAAACGGUCAAUGGUGUUCUAGAUUUAAACGGAAAGGAUGAUUUCAAGGUGCUCGACAGGCCUUUGAGAAAGAGAAAGAGAACUUGCGAACCCAAAGGAAGGGUGAUCAUAAAAGAUAGGAAAGUGAUACUUAGCACUAAUUAAGUUUCUGUAAAUUAUUGUAUCGAAUUCCGAAGGAAAAAAAAUAAUCAACCGUUAGUAAUGUGGACGUAGAAAUUAAAUGCAUAUAGAAAGCAUUAAACGAUGAUGACGAAUUAAUUUAAAGAAUUAUUAGCGAAUAAGUAACGAUUAACAUAAACCAAAGUAAUUAUUCAAUAAAGAAUAGGUUAUAGGUAACGUUGUACGCUGUGAAAGAGUGAUAAAAAGUAGGGUAGGUAUAUUUAUUAAACUUAUAAAUCGACAGGAAUAGCUAAAUGACAUAUGUCAUUUUUUUGCUAUACCUGUCGAUCUGUACCUAUUGCUUACUGUUUAAUAAAUUAAAAGUAUACGUAGGUAAGUAAAUGUACUUACCUUUACUCCUACAAUUUUGUCAAACAAAUCAGUAUUUACGCAAGAUUAACAAUUUUCGGUACUAAAGAAUAUAGGUAUCGUCUAUAAUAAGUAUACAUAGUAUAGUUUCUAUUCAAAGUAAAACAGCAUAUUUUGAAUGUAAACAAUCAGUUAGUGUAUAAUACAAUUACCAUAGAUUAAUUAUUUUCAUGUUAUUACCUGCUCGUUUAGAUACUUACAGAGCGAUAGGAAUAGCUGCAGAUGUGAGAUUGUGAUGCGCAGCAAAUUUAUCGUUUGAAGAUUGUGCCGGUCAGACCUGUAUGCUGCUAUUUAUAGUGCAUCUGUAAGUAACUUAAGUACACUUAGUUUUUGUGGAAUAUGAACGAUUAAAAUUUCUAGGUAAAUUCUUAUUCUCUCAUUCCAUUUUUGAAUAAUUUUUCGUUUUUGCGCCACCCAUUAAAAAAAUCGUUUUAGGUAAACUAACAUCGAAAAAAAUACGAUGAAUGUAAAGAAAUGAUUUUUUUUAUUAUGAAACAAAAUUACCAUGUUACCGGAUGAAUAAAUCAAUCAGUUAUGAAUGGUAUUAUUUUUAUUAGUGAUUUUUUUUAUGUCUGUUACAACAAUUUCAAUUUGUUAUCGGUUUUAUUCUAAAUAUAAAUGAUGUAGAAAUAUAGACAUACAUAAUAAAUUUAAUACGA